AUAGCCUCACUGAGAACUGCAGUCUCUCUAUCUGCAUAUGCUGCUGCCGAAUCCUAAUCGCGACCUGCAAUAAGACGAAUUCGGUCACUGGCCAUUUUCCGAGGAAAGAGAUAGUAAGGGGAAGGAAAUUUUUCUACGGAUUCAAUAAAUGGAGAGAGGUUUAACAUGUGUAGCUGCAUCUCAAUCAACAAGCCCUCUUUGCUUCUCCAGUCACAGUUUUAUCCACAAGCAGCUUUUGCUUCCUGUCGUUACCACUGAUGGUAAAGCUCCCAUUAUUGGUAGAAGAAGGAAGCCCUUGGCUGUUAAGGCCUUGAAUGUGGGUACAAGAAGACAGACCUUAUCCGGUAAUUGGGAUGUUGCGAAUUUCUCUUCUUUUGCUACUUCUGCUCCAUCUCUGCCAAGAUUCGAGGAGCUAGAUACGACCAACAUGCUCCUCCGACAACGAAUCAUCUUCUUGGGUUCUCAGGUAGAUGAUAUGACAGCAGAUUUUGUCAUAAGUCAGCUCUUAUUCCUUGAUGCUGAAGACCCAACAAAAGACAUCAAGUUGUUCAUUAAUUCACCUGGUGGUUCUGUUACUGCUGGAUUGGGUAUAUACGAUGCAAUGAAGUUGUGCAAGGCUGAUGUUUCAACUAUUUGCCUGGGGCUUGCUGCAUCAAUGGGAGCAUUUCUUCUUGCUUCUGGUUCCAAAGGCAAAAGGUUCUGCAUGCCCAAUGGGAGAGUGAUGAUCCAUCAGCCACUUGGAACUGCUGGAGGCAAAGCAUCAGAGAUGAGCAUACGGAUAAGAGAAAUGAAUUACCACAAGAUUAAGCUUAACAAGAUAAUGUCAAGAGCUACUGGGAAGCCUGUGGAGCAGAUUGAAGUUGAUACUGAUCGUGAUAAUUUCAUGGAUGCUUGGCAAGCUAAAGAAUAUGGGUUGGUAGAUGCAGUGAUUGAUGAUGGAAAACCAGGACUGGUUGCACCUCUGGUAGAUGCUUCACCUCCACCAAAGACCCGGAUUUGGGAAUUUUGGAAAGCUGAAGGGAGCAAGAAAGCUAGGAAAAAUCUGCCCUCAGAGCACAAAAUUUUGGAGAAUGGAUAUGUGGGAGUUGAAGGAGGUGAUGAGGAUAGAGGAACGGACCCAGAAAAGGAAGAACCUACUUCUACAUAAAUUCAGCUUUGUCUUUUUCGUCUCAAAGCAGUCAUGCUGUUUAAGAUUUGGCAUUAGUGAAUUUUACAAGUAUAAAUUUUGAGAACAAUGUGGGGAACUUAUUUUUGUAAAUGAAUAUAUUUAUAAGAAAAUUUUCCUUCAAAUA